CCCAGGCCUCUGCCCUUGGGCCAGGCCUCGGACGCCGACAGCGCCGAAGCGAUGACGAACACGAGCGUCCUGGUCUACGUUCUAGUGACAGGAACCAUGAGGCACCUCAGCUACGGCGGCGAGAAGAAGGGCAAGCCGGCGUACAAGGCUCUGUUCCGCCGGUCAGAGGUUCGCGGCCGCACCGGGCGGGAUCUGUUGGUCUGCGCGAAGGCGCCCCGCGAGACGUGGCUCGACGGUUUCGCUUACCUCGAGGACAUCGCGGAGCUCGAGAAUGUCGCGAAGCGCCGCGAGCAGCAGCAGCAGGCCGGGGAGUGGGCGCUGGCGACCGCCGCGCGGCAAUUAGGUGCUGGCCCCGCUGAUCACUUCUCCCCUGAGCGCCGCCUGAGCAGCGCUGCUCAGAGCCUCGCUGCUUGCCCGCGGAGAGGAAGGCCUGCCCGGCGCAGGUCCUGCUGCCUGCCCCUGCCUCGGCCUUGAGGUCGUGCUACCCGGGUCGGAUGAACGACGCUCCGUGCUCCGUUCUGAGUCAUGCCUUGCUCAGGUCGAGCCCGACCAUCUGCUCUGCUGUCGUUUGGCCCUGCUGCCUGGAGCUCUCGGGGGGGACGUCAGCCGUCCACCUCACCGCUCCUGGCCGGGCUGACCCUUGCUCCGUGGAUUGGUGCACCUGCCUCCCUGGCCAAGCUGGGAGGGCGUACGGUUGGACCGAGGUGUAAGAUUGAGG